AUGCUCCACAGUGUAACAAAUUAUCCACCAUUAAGAGAACCAUUUUAUUUUGCUUUUUUUCAUUUUACAGAUCUAGAUUUCACAUAUUUAGCUAAAUACAGUUAUCCUGAAAGUGGUAGCAAGUACGCUCAAUCGUUCCUCUGCCUUUCCCUUGAUGCGAAUGUUCUCCAAGACGUCGGCGAAUAUAUGCGAUUUGCACAAGUCACACCUUUUAAGUCCAAUUUGCCGAAAUUCCAUCAAGUAUUAAUCAAUGACUACAGAGCCCCAGCUCUCCAAGAUGUUGUCAAGAGAAAAUCGCUAGGACGAAAGAAUACUGUUUACACAACAAUUCGAAAUAUCCAAACACUUGGUGGCAAAAAACUGGCAGGCUUCUAAGC